GUUCGCAGCCAGGGCGGGCGGCGCCCUUUGGAGCGGGGGCGGACCCGGCGGGCGGACACCUCAGGGCCAGGCACCCGGGGUUCGGGGCUCCCCUCUCUCGGCCUGGACAUGGAGCGUCUGGCGGCUCCCGGCGAGGUGCGCAUGAGCCAGGCCAUCCAGCCGGCGCACGCCAACGCCCGCGGCGAGCUGAGCGCCGGGCAGCUGCUCAAGUGGAUUGACACCACCGCCUGCCUGGCGGCUGAAAAACAUGCUGGGGUUUCCUGUGUCACAGCCUCAAUGGAUGACAUUCAAUUUGAGGAGACAGCUAGAGUUGGGCAAGUUAUAACCAUCAAAGCAAAAGUUACUAGAGCAUUCAGCACAAGUAUGGAGAUCAGUAUCAAGGUCAUAGUACAGGACACGUUGACAGGCAUUGAGAAACUUGUUAGUGUGGCUUUCUCUACAUUUGUAGCCAAACCAGUUGGAAAAGAAAAGAUUCACUUAAAACCAGUCAUACUUCUAACUGAACAAGAUCAUGUGGAGCAUAAUUUGGCUUCUGAGAGAAGGAAAGUUCGAUUACAACAUGAAGACACUUUUAACAACUUAAUGAAGGAUAGUAGCAGCUUUGAAGAUCCUACUUGUGAUGAAGAGGAAGGAACCGUGGCCACCAGGGGCACUGCUGUUCAGAGCAUUGAACUUGUGCUCCCACCCCACGCAAACCACCACGGGAACACAUUUGGUGGCCAAAUUAUGGCUUGGAUGGAAACGGUGGCAACUAUUUCUGCAAGCCGCCUGUGUAAGGGGCAUCCCUUUCUGAAGUCUGUGGACAUGUUUAAGUUCCGGGGACCAUCGACAGUUGGAGACCGUCUUGUCUUCAAUGCCAUUGUCAACAAUACAUUUCAGACCUGCGUGGAAGUUGGAGUGCGAGUGGAGGCCUUCAACUGUCGGGAAUGGUCCGAGGGCCGAGGCCGCCACAUCAACAGUGCUUUUCUCAUUUAUAAUGCUGUUGAUGAUAAGGAAGAACUCAUCACCUUCCCCAGAAUUGAACCCAUUUCAAAGGAUGAUUUUAGACGCUAUCGGGGAGCCAUUGCACGCAAGAGAAUACGCCUUGGCAGGAAAUAUGUUAUUUCUCACAAAGAAGAAGUUCCACUCUGCAUACAGUGGGAUGAAAGCAAGCAGGCAUCAUUGAGUAAUGGCAAUGUGGAGGCGCUCAGAAAGCUGGCAGCUAAAAGGAGCUGGGAGGUUAUCAGUGCUUCAGAAAAGAUAAAAAUAUAUACUCUGGAAGAGCAAGAUGUUUUAGCUGUUUGGGUUGAAAAGCAUGUGAAAAGCCCAGCAAACUUGGCUUAUUGUCUCUUGUCGGACUUUACAAAGCGACCUCUGUGGGACCCCCAUUACAUGUCCUGUGAAGUCAUAGACAGGGUGAAUGAGAAUGACCAGAUAUAUUACAUCAUCUGUUCUGAGGUCAAUGGUGACAAACCCAAAGACUUCACAGUACUUGUAUCACGAAGAAAACCUCUCAAAGAUGGCAAUACCUACAUGGUAGCAGCCAAAUCAAUCAUCUUGCCAUCAGUCCCACCGUCUCCACAGUACAUCAGAAGCGAAGUCAUAUGUGCUGGAUUUCUUAUCCAGCCUAUUGACAGUACUUCAUGCACUGUAUCUUACCUUAACCAGAUGUCAGCUAGCAUCCUUCCAUACUUUGCUGGAAAUCUUGGUGGCUGGUCAAAAUCCAUUGAAGAAGCAGCAGCCUCUUGUAUUCAAUUCAUAGAGAAUGCUACUGAUGAUGGAGAUAUCAGCAUACUUUAAGUGGUCAAUUUUCAGUUACUUGCAGUUUAAUUUUGUACGCUUAAUUUCAAGAACCUUAGCCCUGACACUUGGCAAACUUUGGGACCACAGAAUGAUUUAAUAUCAGCCUAAACAAAAUGCAGUUAAGAAGAGGUUAAAAACCAAAAUGCAUCUCAAGUUUAAUCCUACUGAUUUGGAUUAGCAUUAAAAGAGGUUUAAAACUCUGUUUGAGAUGAUCUGUGGCUCUGCCUCUUCCAGGUGCACAGAUACUGGCAAAUUGCCUGGGUGCAAUGUCACAUGUUGUGUAAAAUGGUACAAAUAGAGUUAAAACCAUCAUAAAUAUUUUUAGGUUACAGAGACACAAUGAGUUUGAAAUUUUAUAAAACGUGAAAUGUUGAUUUGCUGUAGGUUGAUUAAUGUGUGGCAGCAUCCCGUGUGCAGCAGGUAUCUGCAUGUCAGGAGCAUCUGACAAGAUGUAUUACAUGUUUUAGAGCUUUAAAUUACUAAGGCAUUAAAAUGUAAUGGAACCCAAUCAAUUUUAGUAAUAGAAACUACUUUACUAGUGUCAUUUUACAUAUAUUCAAGGUGGCUGGCCAAUUUAGUAUCUAUUGCUAUAUAUACACACACAAAGUACCUGCAAGAUGUGAUAUCACAGAGAAAGGGAGUAUUAACCGAGCCCUUCUUUCAAAACCAUUACUUUAGCACUUUAUCCCCUAGACUGCAACAUUUGUUAUUCCACUCUAUGAUUCGUCUUAACUCCUAAGACAAAGCAGAAUGUGUCGUCAGCUUCCUUUAACAGACAACUUUUGUAAGUUAAAGGAGUUCUGAACUAGUGUUCAGAGCACUUAACAGGUUAGACUCAUCCUGCUGCUGGUUUGCCAAGACUUCCCAGCUGCUCCCACCUAUACACACACACACACACACAGCCAAUAGCUGGUCAUAAGUAGUUUUACUUAUUUCUACAUUUAAAGUAUUUUCAUUUGUCAAGAGAUUUUUACAUAUGUGAAAAAUUUUGCACAUGUGAAUUUUGGAUUGUGCUGCAAUUUUAUGAGUUAGCAUUUAUAUAUAAUAUGAAAAGCAGAUAUAUAGAUGAGUAUUCAUUACCUUUGGAAGUAAAAAAAAUUGAACACUAUUUAUGUAUUUUUAAAAAGGUAUAAAAAAUAGUAGUAAAGGAGUUACCUUACAUUAAAAUUUUGUAUGCUAAAAUUUCAGGCUUCUACGAUUAAGACACUUAUAAAUGCUGUCUACCUACCCUCAAUCUUUUGAGUUUGUAUUUUUAAAAACUUUUUCCUGAACAGAAUAAAAAUAUUAUGAGGUUGAAGGAGUAAAGUAACUUCAUCUGCUUCAUGCUGAGACAUAAGGAUUUACAGUAGUCUCACCUUACCCCUGGGAGAUACGGUCUAAGACCCCAGUGGAUGCCUGAACCCACUGAUAAUGCUGAACCCUGUCCGAUGUGUGUUCCUAUAUACAUGCGCCUAUGAUAAAAGUUUAGUUUACAAAUUACACACAAAAGGAGGUUAGCAACAAUAACUAAUGAUCAAAUAGAACAAUUUAACAAUAUAUUAUAAUAAAAGUUAAAUGAAUGUGGUUUUUCUCUCUUUCAAAAUGCCUUAUUGUGCUGAACUAUUGUGAUACUGUGAGAUGAUGGAAUGUCUACAUGAUAAGAUGAACUGAGGUGAGAUGACGUGGACAUUGUGAUGUAGCAUCAAGCUACUAUUGACUUUCUUACUUGAAGGUCAACAUGCACUUCAGUUUCGUGACAGAGCUAUUGAUUAAAGGACAGGUAGGGAAAACAUCAUGGAUAUGCUGGACAGAGAUGCAUGUCCCUGGCAGGACAGCACAGGACUUUGUGAGAUUUCAUUAUACUACUCAGAAUAGCACGUGAUUUAAAACUCAUGAAGUUUAUUUCUGGAAUUUUCCAUUUAAUAUUUUUAGACAGUCUUUCAUGGAGGGUAACUGAAAAAAAUGGAAAGCAAAAUUGCAUAUAGUGUGGGCAGGGGGCCGUGUAACAUUGACAUAUUCUAUACCUACAGGCUUUUCUCCAGUAUAGUAGCCAUUAGUCACAUGUACUCUUUAAAUUAAUAUUAAUUAAAAUUAAAUAGAUUUUUAAAAUCUGCUCCUUGGCCACACUAGCAUCAUUUCAAGUACUACUGGUCACAUGUGGUUAGUGACUGCCCUACUGCACAGUACAUAUAGGGAACACUUCUAUCAUUACAGAGGAUACUUUAGAUAGUGUUUGUUGGUUCCUUCGGUUUGCUGCAGUCUUACAGAGAAGGUAGGUCCUGUUCUUUUCCAUUUUCACCUGUCCUCAUAUCAUACAAUUCCCUCUAACCUUCCUCAAAGAUUUCAUUUUCAUGCCUCUGAAGAAAUAGUGUUCAUCCACUUGGCUCUUUCUUGGAUCAUUCGGCAUAGCCUAAAUUAAAGUGCUCAUUUUCCUUUUAAAAGGGCAUGGUUGAGUAAAAGAUAGCAAUGCAUCAGGCUCUACUUGGGGCACAUCAAAAAUAUAAAAUCUGUUGUCUGAAAUAACGCCACAGUUAGGCAUUCCAGUUUUACUUCUGUAGCCCUUAGGUUUGCAUUUUCUUGUUUUAUGAGAAUAUGUCUUAUCACUCUUUCAUGCAUUCAAUAAAUAUUAGCAAGAAUUUACUUCAUGCUAGACACUUUUAGGCACCAUAGGUUCAGGGAGGAACAGGAAUAUACUGAUCAUAGAAAUAAAACAAUUAAAUCAUGUGGGAUACCAAAAGGUGUGUUGUGUGGAAAAAAGUAAAGCCAUUAAUGAAGAUGAGUUGUGGGAGGAGUUGAAAGUGGUAUCUGAUAUUUUACAUAGAGUGGUCAGGAAAUCUUAAUCGAGGAAUGUUUGAGCAAAAACCUGAAGAUGGAGAGGGAAUGGGCCAUGACGAUCUCCCAGCGCAGCAUGUGUCCUGCCAAAGUUCUAGCAGAGACCCAGCCCUUGAAGAGCAGUGCUUCUGGCACAUUCUGGGAAAAACAGAGAAACUGUUGAGACUGAAAUAAGAGUGAGAGAUAACGUGGAUUAGAGAACUCACCUCUGCUUAUUCUCUUUGGUGCCCAGGACUUAAGCAAAUGUGAUUGCUCCAAGGGUAAAGCUAAGCUGGUUCAUCAACGUUCUGCCCUCUGGAGAAUGAGGACAGAGGGAGGAGAGAAAUGGAGUUAUGCUUAUUUUUUCCUUAGGCAUGUUAAAGCACCUCUAAAUAACACUCAAGAUUUCAUGCCCGUUUUUUAUGGUGAGGGUUUCCAAGUACUUCUAGCAGGACUGAAAGCUUUUUGAUUAAGAGAAGAGCUCGUUCCUAUUAAUUCUUCCUGGUUUUUAUGUAACUGAGUUGCUAUCUGCAUCUACUUUUUCUAUCACUUUUGUUAUAGAAAACAUCUAGAAAA